AUGAAACUCUCGUGGACAUUCCUCUUCCUUGGCUGCCUGCUUAGUGGAAGCCAGGUUGUAUCUGAAGAUCCCAGUUACGAAUCAGGCAUCGAAAAUGGAGAUGAUGAUGGGUUGAACACAGAACUCCUGAAUACUGAUGGUGACAGUGGAAAACUCCUUGAUUCUAUGACUGUUACUUUACCUGUAAGUGUGCCUGAGGACAUUCAGGACACUGUGGGUGAACUUGAUCAACCCGAGAUGAAUAUUCCAGGCUCAUUGGACACAAGUGACAUUACCAGCCAAUUGACAACACCUGUCAUCAGCCCAGACAUCCUGGCCCAGGAAGGGCUACUGAGCACUGUUAUCCUCAACAACCAGAAUCUAAUCACAGAGAGGGAAGAACUACAAAUCCUUCUUCUGGGUGGCAGUGUAUCAUUUGGUAUCAAAGAUGAACUCCUGGAGGCAGCAGGGACCAAGGCUCUGGAAGGCCUGGUCUGCAAAGGCUCCCUGGGUGGCCUUUGUGGCCAUGGGAGUCUCUCUGGCAUGAAUGAUGUUCUGAAGACCAUGGAUUCUGAAAAACUUGAUAGCUGGCUCAAUGUCACCCGCUUUGACAUUGUCCGCUUGUCAUGGACAGUCUCUGCCUCAUCCAGUGUUGAACUCAAACUUCAGACCGAGUUGACUAUCAACUUCUCAGGGAUGCUCUCAUUUCUCAGCGGCUCCACAGUGGAUGUGAGCCUCGUGAUCCCCUUGGAAUUGCAAUAGACUGAGCCUGGCCAAGUCUCAUUUUCUGUGAAGAACUGCCAGGCAGUGUUCACUAGGAUCAAAGUGAAAACAGGCAUGUUCUUCAAAAUGAUGGAAUCAAUGAUGAAAUGGUCCUUGAACAUCUCCUUGCCCAGAAUAUUGUGCCCAGUGGUCCGAUUCUGGUUCCACAUCAUCAACCAACAGUUGACCAUUCUCAGAAACAUUGCCUCAUUAGGGAUGCUGGGGAGCAACAACGUGCUCAAUACCCCACAACCCUUGCUGUAUGAACGCUCUUAUCACAUGGACUUUAAGAACAAAAGCUUCCCGGCUUCUUUCGUCAAUUGGCUGAUUGGAAGAAGGCCUCCACUGCUGGGAUUAGAACUUCGAGUCUUCAUUGUUGACUCCAACACAACCCUUAGUGUCAAGCAGAAGCUGACAGUUAUCAAAAUGAUCGGAGGUUCCAGCAAGGAUGAUCAUAUGGAGGAAGGAACAGAUGGCUGCGGACAGCAGGGAGGUAAGCUGCAGUUCCCAGUCCCACUGCGUGCAGAAGGAAGAAGCCCCAUCCCAGGUCAUGCAGCCCACAGUGGGAAGAGUGAAGAUUUGAACUCAGAUCUUCCAAGUCCCGUUGACAGCUUCUGA